GAAUCUCACGUCAUUUUAUCCCUAGUCCCACGACCUGGAUUUUUUUUACCAUGCAAUCGUGUUUGUCGUGUAGAAUUUGGUUUGAAAAAUUGGAAUGAAAAUGGUGAUGAUGAUGAUGGUAGUGCACUCAAGCUAUUGCUUCAUUUGAAGGAACAACAAAAACAAAACAACAGCAACAGCAACAAAAAACCAAAAUUGUUGCUUUGUUCUUGAAUUAGAAAAUUUCCAUUCCUUUACUUGUAAUGUAAGCCUCUUGUUUUUUCCAUUACAGUAACAGCUUUCUGUCCAAUGGAUGGGAGACCAUUUUGUGUUGCUUGUGGACCGGCUAUUGACUGAAUCCACCCUUGAAGCUGCUAUUGAGAGUAAAAAACAAUUACAACUAGGCAUGCCCUCAACAAGCAAACAUGAUAUAAUUGACUUUUCAUCUAUGGAUGACAAUGUUGGUUCCUCUCCAAGUAAAUUAGUAGAAUGUAGGAUUUGUCAUGAUGACGAUGAAGAUUUGAACAUGGAGAUACCCUGUUCUUGUCGUGGCAGCUUGAAGUAUGCUCACCGUAAAUGUGUGCAGAGGUGGUGCAAUGAAAAGGGUGACAUAGUCUGUGAGAUUUGCCACCAGCAAUUUAAGCCCGGUUAUACGGCACCGCCUCCUUUAUUUCAUUAUGGAAGUGUUCCUAUGAAUUUCAGAGGGAAUUGGGAAAUUUCAAGGAGAGACUUGCCGACUCCGCAUUUUAUAACAGUAGUCACCGAAGAUCGUGAUUUUCUGGAAACUGAGAUCGAUGAUUACUCAGCUCCUAGAUCUCGAAGCCUGAUAUGUUGUCGCGUCAUUGCUAUAACUGUAUCUCUCUCUCUCUCUCACACAAACACACGCACAUCGGGCUCGAAUUUUAACAACAAUGUCAUUCAUUUGCAUGCUUAUUUGCAGUUUAUGGUUCUUCUGGUUCUACGCCACACUCUUCCGGUCGUAAUCAGUGGCGCUGGAGACUAUUCAUUGACAUUGUUCACGUUACUAAUGUUGAGAGCCAUUGGGAUUAUGUUGCCUAUAUAUAUCAUGGUUAAAGCUUUUACUGCUAUCCAACGCCGCCAACACCAUCAGGAUCCUCAGUUUUCCCUUGAUGCAUCGGAUGAAGAAAGUGAUUUACCGCAAUUGCACCCGCCGCAUUCACGUUUGAUUCGAGUACAUUAGUUUAGUCGUACUGCUGGAUCGUAUGGAAGAACUGAUGAUUUGAUUGCAGCUAUAGAGAAAGCAGAAAACAAACAGGAUGGAUAUAUAUAUAUAUAUAUAUAUAGUUGAUGCUACUACUGUGUAUAUUUACCAAAGUAUUGAAUAGCAAAUAUAAAUAUAGCAUAUAGGACUGAAAAGAAAAA